AUGGCAACUGCUAAGAAUAGCUCCCUCCUCUCCAUGAUGAUGAUAACAUUGUGUUUAGCAAUUAGCAUGAACACCAGCGCCGCCACUCGCCGCCUUCUGCAAAUUCCCGGCGCCCCACCGUUGCCGACGAUUCCCUCUCUGCCUCAACCAACCUUACCACAAAUGCCUUCCAUUCCUAACUUGCCAACCACCACACUUCCACCAUUGCCGGCAAUGCCCGCCUUCAACUUGCCUAACAUGCCUCUCCCUACCUUGCCUUCUGCCCCAAAGCUCACUCUUCCUCCCAUGCCGGCUAACAUCCCUCUGCCAACCUCAUUUCCCAACUUUCCGGCGGCUAUCCCCACUCUUUCUCCACCUCCGUCAAACUGA